UAUUCAAAAUCAAGAUGUCUGCGCCCAUGAGAGAAAACUGCGGUUGAUAUCAAAAUCAUCUCCUAUGAUCAUAUUUGCCCGUCCGAGAUGUUUAUAUGCCCAGGAUGUCUGAAAUUUCUUAGAAUAACUACGCGUACCAAAGCUGUUUUGUACACAACAGCAUUUAACCACCAAAAGCGAACUAUAAUAAAUAUAUCCAGACAAACCAAAAGAAGUUUUUCAUCCUCCUCCACAGUUUGUGCAAAACCUGGGGAUGAAAUCGACCUCACAAAAUUUUCUCCUGAAAAUAUACGAAACUUCAGUAUAAUAGCUCAUGUAGAUCAUGGAAAAAGUACAUUGGCAGACAGACUACUUGAAAUAACAGGUACCAUACCUAAGAAUGCCAAGAACCAGCAGGUGUUGGACACACUACAAGUGGAGAAGGAGCGAGGCAUCACCGUCAAGGCUCGGACUGCCUCACUGUUCCACACGCACAAAGGACAAACCUACCUCCUGAACCUUAUUGACACACCGGGUCAUGUUGAUUUCAGCUACGAGGUGUCGAGGUCACUCUCAGCCUGUCAGGGUGUUAUACUGUUGGUAGAUGCUAACCAGGGUGUGCAAGCACAGACCAUGGCUAAUUUUUUCCUGGCAUUUGAAAGAAAUCUAACUAUUAUACCGUGCCUGAAUAAGAUAGAUCUCCACAAUGCCAAACCGGAAAUAGUCCUGGAACAGCUGAACAAUGUGUUUGACACAGACCCUGAUGAUGUCUUCAAGAUAUCUGCUAAGGUUGGCACUGGGGUACAGGAGUUAUUAGCAGCCAUUAUAGAAAAGAUUCCUCCCCCUCCAGGAGACAGAAACAAACCCCUAAAGUGUCUGGUAUUUGACUCGCAGUAUGAUCAGUAUCGAGGAGCUGUGGGAAAUAUUUUAGUAUUGGAUGGCAGUGUAAAGAAAGGUGAUAAAAUCAUGUCAUUAUUUUCGAAAAAGUCAUAUGAAGUUCAAGGGACUGGCAUCCUACAUCCUAACGAGAAACUGGUCAAUGUUCUAUAUGCAGGACAGGUAGGCUUCAUACACGCUAACUUUAAGAAGAUCUCGGACUUUCAAGUGGGCGAUACUUUCUGUCACCAGAAGUCACCUGUGGAACCAUUGCCAGGAUUUAAACCUGCUGUAUCUGUGGUGUUUGCUGGAAUAUUCCCAUCAGAUCAAUCACAGCUAAUUGUGCUGAAGGCCGCCAUGACCAAACUCACACUCAAUGACGGUAGUGUGUCUGUGAAUGUGGAAAGCAGUCCAGCAAUAGGACAGGGCUGGAGACUUGGAUUUCUAGGUAUGCUGCACAUGGAUGUAUUUUGUCAAAGACUGGAGCAGGAAUUUGGUACCUCAGUCAUCAUCACAGCUCCUAACGUACACUACAGAGUUCGAAUAAAGGGAAAGAGGAACAUUAAACUCUACGGCGAUGAGAUUGUGGAUAUCCUGAACCCCUGUAAGCUACCAGACCUUAACAUUAUAGAGGAGUUACUAGAGCCUAUGAUAAUGGCUACCAUCAUAAUACCUGACCAAUACUUGACCGCUGUGAUGUCACUCUGCCAUGAAAGGCGUGGCAAUCCACUAGAACAGACAUACCUAGACCAACACAGAAUGGUAUUGAAGUGUAUCUUCCCACUCAAUGAGGUGCUCAUCGACUUCUUUGAUGAACUGAAAUCUAUCACAUCUGGAUAUGCAAGUUUUGAUUACGAGGACCAUGGUUAUCAACAAUCUGACCUUGUAAAGGUGGAGUUCCUAAUCAACAAAAAUCCUGUUGAAGAGAUGACGCUAAUCUGUCACAGAAGUAACUCCAGAAAUCGGGGCAAGGAGAUAUGUGUGAGACUGAAGGAGCUUAUUCCUCGCCAGAUGACCUAUGUUACAAUACAGGCCAUCAUUGGGAGUGACAUCGUCGCCCGAGAGGACAUUAAACCCAUAAAGAAAGAUGUCCUAGCUAAAUGUUAUGGAGGCGAUGUAACCAGGAAAAAUAAGCUGUUAAACAAGCAGGCAGCGCAUCUGAAAAAACUGAAAAUGGUGGGAACAGUCAAAAUACCAAAGGACACAUUUAUCAAAGUGUUAAAGAAAAAGUAACAGCAAAAUGACGUUUUAGUAAAAACAAAGAGAAAUUGUGAGUCAUUGCGAAAACUGUUGAGCAAGAAAAUUUUGUUUAUGUGCUAUAAAAUUUCAAUAUUAUUGGAAACUUGAAUGGUAUAUGUAGUUCUUUAUAAGCCAAUUUAUGAUGUGUUGGUUAUUUAUUUAUGAACAAUCUAUUCAUAAUAAAUCAAUUAUCAAGGAAAAUAUUUAAAGUUCUAUAACUGAUGCUCAAUGAAAAAUUUCUGUUUAUUU